AUGGACGAGGACCGCCUAUCCACAUUACCAAGCUCGAGGAAUCCUGACCUGCUUCACUCACGAAUGGAGUCAUCAGAAGAACCGUCUCCCAAACCUUUCAACCACAUCGAACACCCUUACGAGGGAUUCUACCCUGGGUUUGAUAUCAGCGCGCCGGAGUUGAUUACGUCUAAUCACAUCACCAAUGAUCCUCCGAGCGCUUUCCCUCUUGACUGCAUGUACAACUUUCCCACGACAUCUUCCCAACGACAACCCAUGGAUUCAUGGAACUCAUGGACCUGCGCACAACACGAACUCCUAUCGUCCCCGAUUGAUGCAGAGUGGCAGAUGAACCACCCUCGGCUGCCAAGAUCACGAUCGAUAGAAUACCCCCACGAGGCCGAUGCUCGUUCAACGCAUGUUCUGGACCCAUGCCAAUUUCAUUCCUCAGAGGGCCAUUUGAAGAACUCGAAUGAGUCCGCUGAGAGAAUUGGAAGCAAUCCGAGCAUGAGCACACACCACUCCGAGCAAUUUGGCAUGGCGCUGCCGGGAAACGGCCACAUAACAGAUUGCGAGCACUCUAGACACCAAGAAGUGGCUCAGUUGACAUCUGGAGAUGAACGAGACUUUGGCGAGAUUCUCAGCAGGGCAAUGAAGAGGGCAUCCGGACGUCUCAUCGCACUUCUCCAGGAGGAGCUGGAUAGGCUGAGCAGCGAGAACGAACUGACCGAGGACGUCGACAAGACGGAUGAAGCACUCUCGGAGCUCAACCUCGAGAACAAAAAGUCCCGAUGCCGUCUUUAA